AUGUCUCCCUAUAGGUUGGUAUUUGGUAAGCCUUGCCAUCUUCCAAUGGAAUUCGAGCAUAGAGCAUUUUGGGCGGUAAAACAGUGCAAUAUGGAUAUUGAGGAGGGCGGAAUCCAAAGAAAGUUACAGUUACAGGAGUUGGAGGAGAUUCGCAAUGAAGCCUAUAAGAAUGCGGUAAUCUAUAAGGAGAGGAAUAAGAUUUUUCAUGACCAACAGAUCUCAAGGAAGACAUUCGAGUGUGGGCAAAAAGUUCUACUGUACCACUCCAAAUUGAAGUUAUUUUCCGGUAAAUUACGUUCUCAUUGGAUUGGUCCUUUUGUUGUGACUAAUGUCCUUCAUUAUGGUGCAGUAGAGAUCCAAAGUUUGAAAAAUGAGAAGAAAUUUGUAGUGAAUGGCCAUCGUCUCAAGCCGUAUUAUGAAGGGGUUCCAAUCGAACGGGUGGAGAUGAUCCACCUGGAAGACCCUACUUGCUUAGUUUAA